CAUAAUUACGGGGGUAGCUUGUAUCCACGUCAGACACCUCAAGGGCAAUCGCAGGAAAGUAUUGGAUGGAUAAUAAAACAGAACGAACAGUGAUGCACUCUGGUCAGUACUACUAGGUAGAGGGUCAUGCAAGAGAAGCUUUAAUUGGGCUGAUCGGACGUUCGCUUUCUAACUCAAUGUGCUUGAGACUUGGACCCCUCUAUUUCAACGUAUUCCCCUCCAUCAUUAACUUCACUCUCGCAUUUGCAUUUUCCUCUCGAUACUAAACAACUUUUAAUACAACACUAUUUUCUAUCCCCUCAAACUACAUCGCCAUCAUGGACAAGCUCAUCAACGCCGCCAAGGACUAUCUUGAUGACGACAAGGACAAGCGCCAGGAACACCAGCAGCAAGGACACGGACAGCAGCAGGGCUACGGAGGCCAAAACCAAGGCUAUGGCCAGCAACAAGGCUAUGGCCAACAGCAAGGUUACGGACAACAAGAGGGCCAGUAUGGGCAGCAACAGCAGUACCCUCCCGCCGGUGGCAUCCAGUCUCAGGGCGGCGGUGGCUUCUCCAGCUUCCUUGGUGGAAACGUCGACUUUGACAACGCCAAGGAGGAAGCCCAUCAGAAGGCCGGAUCUUCUGGUGACAAAGACCUCUUUGGAAGCAUUCUAGGAUCUCUCGGACAGAAGCAGAACAAGCUUGCUGAUGAGGACCUUGAUGAAGAGGAUGCCAUCAAGCAGCACAAGAACACCUACAACAACGACGAUUCCCAGCAGGACAGCAAGAGUCUGGGCACCGCUGCUGCUAUGCAAGCCCUCAAGAUGUUCACCCAGGGUCAAGGCCAGAGCAGCACUGGUGCCAACAGUCAGACUGCGUUUCUAGGACUUGCCUUGGCCGAGGCUAGCAAGCUCUUCGACAACAAGGCCGCAUCAGGCAAGGUAUCCGAGGGCACGAGCAAGGAGAGCGUCAUCCAGCAGGCUGGUGAAGUCGCUUUCAAGAUGUACCUCAAGAACCAGGCUGGUGCUGGUGGACAGCAGGGUGGCGCUUCCGGUCUUAUGGGUCUUGCUUCUAAGUUCCUGGCUAAAUAAGCCCAAUAGUUGCUACGGCAUGCAGUCAUGAAUGAAAACGAGGGCCGAGAAACCCCCUUGAUCGUUGCAUGAUAGACAACAAUUAAAAG